AUGACAGAGAAAAAAUUUGUAGAAGAAAUAGAGAAAGCGCUGGAAAAAUCCAAAGGCUUUAAACUCCAUGAACUUCUCUUUUCCUACCAGGGAAUUCCCUACCCGAAUACAGUGUGCAGUGCAGAGACGUUCCAAGCCCUGGAGAAUUUUGAAAGCAGAAAAGAUGAUGCGGUGUUGGUGUCCUACCCCAAAUGUGGCAACAAAUUACUUUUAUAUAGGAUGAAACAAUUUCCUUCUCCAAGGAUUGUGGCCACACAUCUCCAUUACAACUAUCUGCCCAAAUCUAUUUUCAAAAAUAAAGCCAAGAUAUUGGUGUUGUUUCGAAAUCCUAAAGAUACAGCAGCAUCGUUUUUCCAUUUUCAUAAUAAUGCUCCAACCAUUCCCAGUUAUAAUUCAUGGGAGGAAUUUUUCCCAGAAUUUAUGAAUGGAGAAGUUGCCUGGGGAUCCUAUUUCGAUCAGGCUGUCGCUUGGAACAAACAUAUAGAUGAUGAAAACGUUCUGAUUCUGACAUAUGAGGAAUUAGAAGAGAACCUGGUUUCGGGAGUAAAGCAAAUAGCUAAUUUUUUUGGUUUCCCUGCUACUACUGAGCAAAUUCAGGCUAUUGCAGACAGAACUACCUUCCAAGCGGUGCGCGAUAAGUCGCAGGAAACACAUGGGAUGGCUGGUCCACUGCUCUUCCGGAAAGGCAUUGUAGGAGAUUGGAAGAAUAUUUUUGGCAAGGCUCAAAAUGAGCAAAUGGAAGCUAAAUUUAAGGAAUGUUUAGCUGGAACCAAGCUGGGAACAAAGCUGAAGUAUGAUGUCUAUUGCAAAACCUGAACAUGUAUCUUGUGGGAAAAAUAUUAUUUUUGUGGAAGUUUUGUUUGCUUGCAUAAAAAAAGGAUAUAACCAGAAUACACAUUUCACUAUUGCUAAUCUGUGAAACUCGUUAGUAUCACAUUUCUAAUAUAGGAUGAACCUGUAUUAAGCUGGAUAUAGCCAGACUAUUUCAUAGAACAAGACAAUAUUUUUCCCCAGAUAUAUGCAAGCCUCUCUUACAAUAUUUCUAAGGACAAGAGGACAAUGAUAUGAAUCGAGGCUUAUUGGGAAAAUAUGCCUGUAUGAAUAAGAGCUUUGAAGCACCAAUAGCCAGGAUGUAUCUCAUACUCUAAUUGCUCCAGUCUUCUGUUAUUUUCCCAGCUCAGGUUUGGAGCAAAACUGAAAUACUUGGUCCUGCAGAAUUUGAUAUGUGGAGAGGACCCACUUCAAGAGAGUGAGGUAGUUGCAUCCUUUCACUGCUGCUUUAGAACUUUUAAGAAGACAGACUAUCAUUAUUGACUUUGGGCAAUUCUAUGUGAAUCACCCCAAGGAGAACAGUGAUUUUCCAUUAUUUGAUCACUGAUUUUUAUUCAGGACAUUGAACAGUGAGUAAAAAGAUUUCGAGUUGGUACCAUCUAUUUAGGAUGUCUGAUUUUUAAGAGGCCCUGGAAGGAGGUUAUAAUUUUAAGAAUGAUGAGCAUUUCAGAAGUAAAGUUUUACACAGAGAGGAAGGAAAAGCAUCUUGUCAUGUUAACAGCCCUUCAUUUUAAUAUGUUUAUUAAAACAAUUCAAUAUUAAGAUCAAGAUGGAAAUAGAAAAUGAAUGUGUCUAGAUUUUUACACGUUAUAUUAUGAAUCAUGACUUAUUAUUACAGUACCUCGGAUCACACAUACUGGUAGAAGGUGGGAAUCAUACAAUCUGUUCAACCAAAACCAACCAACCAUAUUAUAUCUUAGCCUCUGUGUAGCCACACAUAAAUCUUAGUAAAUCAAAUGUUCAAAUUCAUCUUUCAUGUUUUCUGAUGUGGAAUAAUCUGUUACCCUUGGUCAUAUAAUAAA